GUCGACCUUAAAAAUAUGGGUUUACAAUAAUAACAUUAAGGUUAUCUUAACCAAUAGGUUUUUGAGAUGCGAGAAAACACAGGAUUACGGCCGUGGAAAGAUGUAGUGGUAGUGGUAGUGGUAAUACUACUACAAAUUCGUGCGCACAGCAUUCUGAUACUAAUUGACAAAAAUCAGCCCAGCGAGCUGAGAAAGGGAAGAGAGUUGGGUGGGCGCAUCGCAUCGCGUUGUACAUGGGAUCUAUCUGUCUACCCGUUCCCUCUCGACCAACCCCGGGUUCAGAGGACCACGAUCGGCAGCUAGCAGUGAUGGUGGUGACGCAUCGAUGAGGUCAGACAAUGGGCACAUGCCCCCCCCC